CUGCCUAACUUUGAUCUCUGCUUAACAACAGUAACGUCACACGGACUACAGGGGAGUUUUGUUGAAGUUGCAAAGUCCUGCAGCCUCCAGAGGGCUGUCGGCGCAGUAGCAGAGAGCAGCAGACUCCGCGCUCCGGAGACCGGCAGUAGAGCGCGAGGCAGCGCGCGCCAGCAGCAGCCACCGGAGCCCAACCAGGUCCACAGCCCUCCCCAGGCGGCCGCGCCAUGGAACACCAGCUCCUGUGCUGCGAAGUGGAGACCAUCCGCCGUGCGUACCCUGACACCAACCUCCUCAACGACCGAGUGCUGCGAGCCAUGCUCAAGACCGAGGAGACCUGCGCGCCCUCCGUGUCUUACUUCAAGUGCGUGCAGAGGGAGAUUGUGCCGUCCAUGCGGAAAAUCGUGGCCACCUGGAUGCUGGAGGUCUGCGAGGAGCAGAAGUGUGAAGAGGAGGUCUUCCCGCUGGCCAUGAACUACCUGGACCGCUUCUUGUCGCUGGAGCCCCUGAAGAAGAGCCGCCUGCAGCUGCUGGGGGCCGCCUGCAUGUUCGUAGCCUCCAAGAUGAAGGAGACCAUUCCCCUGACCGCCGAGAAGUUGUGCAUCUACACUGACAACUCGAUCCGGCCCGAGGAGUUGCUGCAAAUGGAACUGCUUCUGGUGAACAAGCUCAAGUGGAACCUGGCUGCCAUGACUCCCCACGAUUUCAUCGAACACUUCCUCUCCAAAAUGCCAGAGGCGGAUGAGAACAAGCAGAUCAUCCGCAAGCAUGCGCAAACCUUUGUGGCUCUCUGUGCCACAGACGUGAAGUUCAUUUCCAACCCCCCCUCCAUGGUGGCUGCUGGGAGCGUGGUGGCCGCGAUGCAGGGCCUGAACCUGGGCAGCCCCAACAACUUCCUGUCCUGCUACUGCACAACGCACUUUCUUUCCAGAGUGAUCAAGUGUGACCCGGUCCAGGCCCUGGCCACUAGCCUCUGGCUAAACAAGGACCCCCUCCAUCUCCGCCCGCCUCUCCAGGACUGCCUCCGCGCCUGCCAGGAACAGAUUGAAGCCCUUCUGGAGUCUAGCCUGCGCCAAGCCCAGCAGAACGUUGACCCCAAGGCCACCGAAGAGGAGGGGGAAGCGGAGGGAGAGACUGACCUGGCCUGCACACCCACCGACGUGCGAGACGUGGACAUCUGAAGGCCGCCGGGCAGGCGGGCGCCACCAAGUAGUGGCAGCCCGCGAUGAGGCAGGAGCCAGCCCGGGGUGCUCCUAACGACGUCCCUCUUGGGGACAUUUGUUACCAGAAGGGGAAGUUUUGUUCUCUUUGUUGGUUGUUUUUCUUUAAUCUUUCUCCUUUCUAUCUGACUUAAGCAAAAGAGAAAAAAAAAAAAAUACCUGAAAGCUGUUAAAGAGAGAGAGAGAGAGAUAGAAUUUGCAUCACCCUGAGUGUAGGGAGGAGGGGGAUGCUACCAAUUUAGGAUUUUAUACCCCAGUAAUCAACUAGUUUCCUAUUAAUGUGCUUGUCUGUUGUAAGAGUAGGAUUAACACACAGGAAGUCUCCAGGAGGAUUUUGAUUUUAUGUGUUUAAAAAGCUUAAGAAAAAUUGCUUUAAAAAAAGGAAAAAAAAAGGCCAAUAGAGAAAGCCGUUGUUAAGUAGAAGGGAGUUUUAGGUAGAGAUGCACUCGCUUUGCUGAAAGGCACAGCUUUGGCGCGGGCCUCAGCCUCACUCCCUGCUUGCUCAGUGCCACCGCCACCUGUCACCUGGUUCCUGUGCUUUAUCCCAGGGAUGGGGCGACCUCUUCACCUUAUUGAUGGCCGCUGCGACCUCUAGCGGUCUCACGGCGUGUGGCACCAGGGCUCAUCUGUGCCCUCUCCCAACCUGCAGGUUCACAGUGCCCGCCACACGGCAGCAGGUGCCCCACUCUACGCAGUGUGCUCCAGUAGAGAGGGGGUGAGACAGUGACAUCAUAUGUUCUAUUUUUGUAAUCUUCCUAUUUUGUAGUUCCUGUUUAAAGAGGUGCUGGUUUUGGCCUGGCGGCCCUGCAGCCUACUCACAUCAGGUUAAACCCACAGCUUUUCUUUUGUGUGUAUGGUUUGUUCUGUUUGGUUGUGUUUUCCUUCUCUGUGUUCCAAAACCAUUCCAUUUCAAAGCACUUUCGGUCAGCUAGCUGGAGGCAGUUUUGCUGGUGUGGGGGUGGGGUGGGGGGCGGUUCCUAAUGGGAUGGUUGGGGGAUAGCCACACACUCAUUCAGAUGGCCGCACAAUGGAUGUGUGACAUGGUGGGGCUGGUCGCAUGGGGUGCUUGGGAAGUUUUGUUGGGUCAAGAAGAGAGAACUCUGUUCUUGCACCACCAGGAUCUGUCCUACAGAGAAGUUGGAUUGAAGGGAUCCUUUGGUGCCAGCUGGUGUUUGGAAGUAGGAACUGUGAUAGCAUUACUUGGAGGAGGAGAUUCUGGAAGUCUUUCACAUAGGAGGCUUUUAAACACUAAAAUGUCUAAUUUAUACUUAAGGUUACAGAAGAGUAUUUAUUGGAAAGGCUGCCCAUGGCCAGUGUGAUUUUUAAAGCAAUGUGAUUUCCCUUGAUUCAAGAGCACACCUUCCGCCCUUGGUGGCGAAGGUUCAAUGCCAUGUCUGAGAGAUUGGUCUUUUAUUGGGAGUGGGGGGAGAGCAGAUCCUCAAAAACCAUAUAAGGACGGGCAUUCGGUUUGCUUAACUUUCCAAACCCAAACAACCCCAUUGGAGAGCCAUCCAAACUGAGGGAAACUAGGGGAUCCCAAAGGAGUUUGAUUCCGGCACAUUCUUGCCCCCACCCCCACAACAGUAGGUAAUUUGUACACCUUGGCUCUGUGCUUUUCUAUUUAGGAAGUGUUGAGGGAGGUCGGAGAGGGAGGCUGGAGAGAGGACGGGAGGGAGGAAGUGUGGAGGGUAGGGACCACACGGGACAGGCUGCGGCUCCUUCCACACAGCGCUGCUACCAAUGACUCCCAACAUCCCAGACGUUCAGAACCAGAUUCGCGUCGCUCUGUAUCUUUCACAUUGUUUUCGCUGCUAUUGGAGGGUCAGUUUUGUUUUGUUUUGUUUUUUUUACAAUGUCAUAGACUGCCAUGUUCAAGUUUUAAUUUCCUCAUAGAAGAUUGUAUUUACAGAUGCCCUUUUUUUUCCGUAAUUUUUAAAUUGUGAUCAAUUUUGGCUUAAUGUGAUUACCGCUGUAUUCCAAAAAAAACAACAACAACCAGGUUCCUGUUCACAAUACCUCGUGUUUCACCUAGCCAUGCAGGGGCCUAGCAGGCAGGUGCUCUGCCUCCAGAGACCCUGGGACUGGUCUGCUGGGGAUCAUCCCCCUGCACCUGUCAGGCUGGGCCUUUCAUUUGAUCUGGGACAUAGAGCAUCACAGCAGUCGGGACAACUCUAUUUUUCUUUGUUAAUUAUCAAUAUUGUUAUUUUUGUAGCGGCCUGUUGUGCAUGCCACCAUGCUGCUGGGCCCGGAGGAAUUUGUUCUGAGUCUCCGGUGCAUCAUGUAUUCUGUUAGGUUCUAGUGUUCUGUUGUUUUGUUUUGUGUUAAUUACAGCAUUGUGCUAAUUUAAAGACUUCAGCCUUGGCAAAGCCAGCCCCAGUGCUGCGGGCCUCCAAAUUCCCUAGCUAGCUGCCAAACCAAAAUGGUCACCUCCACGGUCACCACCAGCCUAGCUGAGGCAUCUGAACCAGGCAGGGCCACUGGGUUCAUGGUGGUGGGUCCACGGAGUCUGCCCUGUGACAUGAAAGGCUUUGAGGGGCUCUGGCUGGUGGCCAGGUUGGGUUUGUGUAUUUCUGGUUGACACACCAUGGCGCUUCCCAGCACGGACAUGUGACCAGCAUGGUCCAGAAAACAAAAAAAGACAUAAAAAGUCUAGAAAUAAAAUUGGUAAAAUCCCA